CAGGAUCCUCCGGCGCUGCAGGGUUUCUUGGAGGAUCUUAUUUACUUUCCAUCACUCACGAAGAAGAAAGACCUUUUCCGCCUUCCUCCAGUGACGUAACGUCCUUUCUGUCUGUGCCACCCUCGUAGUGAACACGCGUUUUCCUUCUUAGCUCAAGAUGCGUUACGUCGCUGCUUACCUGCUUGCCGCCCUGGGGGGCAAUGUUAACCCGGAGGCCAAGGACAUUAAGAAGAUCCUGGACAGCGUUGGCAUCGAGGCUGAUGACACCCGUCUGAGCAAGGUCGUCUCAGAACUCAAAGGGAAGAAUGUAAAUGAGGUGAUUGCCACUGGUUACAGCAAGCUAGCUAGCGUGCCAGCAGGUGGUGCUGUCGCCGUUGCCAGCUCUGCAGCUGCUGGCUCAGGUGGAGCUGCAGCUCCUGCUGCAGCUGUCGAAGAGAAGAAGGAGGAGAAGAAAGAAGAGUCUGAGGAGUCUGAUGACGACAUGGGAUUUGGUCUCUUUGACUAAACUUUAAGUCAUAAAUAAAGUUUGUGAAAACUGAAAA